GAUGAGUAUUCGAUCAUUCCAUUGUUCGUUAUCGCUAAAAUCUCAAUUCCCCAUCGCGAGUCAUCAAGAGCUUCACCUCUCACAGCAUGCCUCUAAGCGCCGUGCUGGCAGAGCCGCUUCGGCUGAUCUGCAGGCAGGCAGGCAUGGCGCAUGGGGCAUGCAAACUUUCUGCAUCCUGUCCUGCUCCUUAUGGCAUCACUUUUUGCACAACCCAUCCAAAUUCAGAUGUCGAUCAUGGUAUAAGCUGUGCGUCUCGCUUGUUGGAUACAUAGAUCAACCACCAAUCUCAGCACCGCGCUUACAGCCUCACCGACUUGGACCUCUCAAAAAGACUUCUCGACCGCUUGGCCAUACUGUACCACCGCUGCUGAAUCUUCUGCGCGAGAGCAGCGACGUGAUGUGCAUGCGGUUCGCAGAUGUCAUGCGCGGCUGGCUGUGACGGUGGCGUUCGUGUUUCUCGCUUCCAGGUGAUGAGGCUGCCCUCUGCCGCCACAGCCAAAUUCUAGAAGUUCUGCUUCGAGCCUGCAUCACAAGUGCUACAUUGCUGUGAGCACCAGAUGCCAUUUCAUGUGCGCUGGCCAUGCAUUCCAGACCCUGUGUCCACCGACUGGAUUCGUCUCUCUCUGUUCGUUCGAGUUUCUGGUUCUGGCUCCCUCGGUUAAAUGAGUGUCGUCUGCACAUUCCUCUCGACCAUCAGGUACUUGUCGCUGCCAAAAUGGUCCGUGCCGUUUUCCGGACCCAGCAUGACACCACCGAACCCUGGUGUGUCUGGGCCAAUGUAUACUGCUGGUAGAUGCCCAGUACAAGUCUUGUCCCAUGUGUUGAAAAGGUAAAUCGGUAUCGAUGCUAACGCUCGAUAUUGGGUAUAAUGUGGGGACAACAGGCCUCGCUGAAAAGCCAAAAAGGUCAUUGGUGAAGUCAGUUCCGUCGGUAUGUCUGACAACCAUGCUCCAGGACUCUCGCUCACACUUGGUGCUUGAUGCUGGCCGAAGAAGGGCCUCGCUUCUUUCUCGGCUCAGUGAUGCACUUGCGUGGUUUGAUUGGAUUGACCGGAGGUAGCAGAGGACGUGCCAUCCAAACUUCAGCCGACCGUGGUGGUGGCGGUGGUUCGCUGAGGUAGGCUUCAUCGCUGUCACCAAAGAGAUCCUCGUCGCUCACGUAUGCGCUCGGCCUGGAGGGCUUCUUCAGAUCUGAUCCCGCUGGCCAGCUUGCGUACGCGCAAGAGGAGUAUGGGUUGGAGAAUGUCGAAGAUGCCGUCGAGCUAAAACUGUCGCGGUGUGCAGACCCGUUUGACGAUGAUAGACUAGUGAUUGUUCGACACGGAGAUGUGGAAGGCGUCGAGCCUCGGCUCGAUGCUGAUGAGCACGACAUUAUUGGUUGUCGAUGGUGUUGAGUUGUUGUUUGACGCGUUCACUUUCUGUAGAGUGGCGGUAGGCAGCAGGUAUGGUAAGUGUUAUGACUGCGCAUAGGGCGGUAUAUGUAGUCGUAUCGCGGUGUAGCAAGGGCGGUCAGCCUUGUGAUGUGUCAAGAUGCAUAGCACAGGUCGCACGCUCUGGAACAGGAGCCUAUCUGAUAUAUCAACAUGACCGCCUUUUCUCUCAGCCGAGCGUACACACGCCGGAUCAAGCUCGCGUUGCUGAAGCGAAGCUUUGCGGACGUUCCCCGGGCAAAGGCAAAAAACGAUGGAGCGAGCAGGGCCAAGCGUAUGGUUCGGCGGCGGAAAUUUAUAACUACUAG